CUCAUAUUGUUUUAUCUUACAGUAUACUUACAAUUUAAACGUYCCUACACAUCUAUCGCUGACGAUUACAACAAUGAUACUCCUAACUUUGACUUCAAAAUAUGUUAUUGUGGUGUUAACUGUUAUAGUUGCCUUUUUACUCUUCAUUGAAAUGGAUAUUUGGAAUAGUAAUUCAAGUGUUAAUCUAGACGUCUCCUUGAUGAAUUCCUCAUUUGACUCUAAGCAAACCGAGUGUCUACCAGGCGGGCUUCCUGACUCAUUGGACAAACUACGCAUGCUCUAUGACAACGUCGAGACGUUUGUGAUGUUCAUUGGUUAUCCUCGAAGCUCUCAUAGUCUUGUGGGGUCUCUUUUGGACGCACAUCCAGAGAUAAUCAUCCCUCAUGAGUACCACAUUGUAAACCAGUGGGAAAUUUAUCGAGAUGAAAAAAUCCGAAACACAGGAAUACUUAAAUAUCUACUCUUCUACAAUCUACACACUUUGUCGACCUGGCAAGCUACCUUUGGAAAUAGGGCAGCAAAGCCUAUUUUCGUGGACGAUGGUAUUAAUUCGUACAAUGUUCCUGAUUCCUGGCAAGGGACAUUUCACGAGAAAAUAAAGAUUUUUGGAGACAAGAAAGGUGGUGGAACCACKAUGGAGCUAUGUGAAAAACCUSAAAARUUUGCCAUUCUAAAAGAGCUCGACCAGGCACUUGAUAUGCCAUUAAAGUUUCUUCAUGUGGUCAGAAAUCCAUUUGACAUCAUUUCCACGUGGGUAUUGAGGUUCAUGAAUGUAAGAAAAAAGGUUAAUGAUGGAAAGGUAUACAACAAAACGAAAUUGGUUGACCACUUCAUAGGGUCUUUUUUCGACCUUGUGGAAACAAAUGAAAAAAUUCGAAAGAUUUACGGAAAUAGCUCUGUGCUGGACAUCCUUAACCUUAACUUACGGUCAAAACCUCAAGAAACCAUAAAGACCAUAUGUGUGUUUCUCAAUAUCUCUUGUAAUGAUGAAUAUCUUCAACUAGUUAGUAAAGUCGUAAAAGGAAAACCAUCGACGACGAGAAAAAACAUCGUGUGGACGGAACGACAGAAACAAAUACUUCAAAAACAAAUGCAGAAGUAUUCUUACCURCGCUCGUUCACCUACGAGAUGGAAUGAUAUGUUUAUYUKUUUUAUUACCAAUGUCCAA